AUGGAGGGACUCUUCACUUUGCUCGCAUUGAGCAUUGUGAUGGCAAUUACAUCCUUUGUUGUGGGCUCGUUACCACUUGCAUUCACGCUUUCUUCCUCCCAGCUGCGACUUAUAUCAUCCCUUGGCAUGGGAGUUUUGGUCGGGACAUCCUUGAUUGUGAUUAUCCCGGAGGGGGUUGAAACUUUAUACAGCGCAAACUUACCCAAUGACCGGAAAGCACUUAGCAGUCGUUCGACGGGGGCCAUUACUUGGCAACACCAGAAUAUUCCGACAGUUGCUACUGCUAUGAUCCACACCUCUGAAGAAAUCAACUCCAUUAAAGUCCCUGUAUCCUCUUCCUCGGAUACAUCUACUUUGUUGCCCGUUUCCGACUCCACACCAUAUGUCACACGCCGUGAGCAGAAAGGAAAAGAGGAGGCAUCAGACGAAGAUAAGAAAGCAAACGAUGAUGAAGGAAGUUCGCCACAUGCCUGGAUUGGAAUCGCACUUAUUAGCGGCUUUAUCCUCAUGUACCUUAUCGACAAGCUUCCGGAAUUCGCAGCUCCGGCCAAACAGCAACGGACGCCGUAUCAUAUUUCUCUCGAUAACCUAGGCUCCGGAUUACGUCGCAAUUCAUCUCCCUCGCGAGAAGGUGGACUUCUGGAUGCUGGAAAUAGCCCAAGGAGCAGCCACAGCUUCGCCACAACCACCGGGCUUGUUAUCCAUGCGGCUGCUGACGGAAUCGCUCUGGGAGCGUCGAGUUCCGAUACUGGCCUAAGCUUUAUUAUAUUCCUCGCAAUUAUGGUCCAUAAGGCUCCAGCAUCUUUUGGUCUUACGUCAGUCUUGCUGAAGCAGGGUCUCUCCAGCCGCGCUGCGAGGGCGCAUUUACUAGUCUUUAGCCUGGCGGCGCCUUUGGGCGCGUUGGCGACUUUCUUAUUUGUGCAAGUCAUGGGCUCAGGUUCCAGCAGUGAUUUGACUGCUACCCAGUGGAGAACUGGUGUCCUUUUGUUGUUUUCGGCUGGCACAUUUUUGUACGUCGCCAUGCACACAAUGCAGGAGAACAAUCCAAGUGCUGUCUCACGUGAGACACAAGGAAACGGAUAUGGCGACUCGAGAGACAUUCCGUCCAAGUCCAACAAAUCCAUGAGGGAUCUGAUUGCUUCUGUUGUCGGCAUGAUUUUGCCGCUGUUUCUGCAGCUCGGCCAUGCCCACUGA